CUCAAAUGUGCAUCUCUUAUCUUUUGGUUGCUUCUUUAUAGGCCUCUGGGUGUGGCAUGAUAGUGGAGAUAUGUGGCUUUUCAAUGUGGAUUAACCAGUCAGACACAUGCCUCCUGUUCUCCCACCUACCUCCACUGUGAAAGUUGCAUUUUUUCUGUUGUUGAGCAAGAAAGUUGCCAUGUUUCGCAGUUUCAGGUAUUUGAGCAAUGCCCAACAGGUGUUUCAUCAAAGACAACACUGUCUGAUUAAGGAAAGAAAAGUUAGUGAUUGAUACAAGGAAGCAUCAAGAGACAAAAUCUGUAAUCAGAGCAUGACUGGAAUCCAGAUAGAUACACUAAUUGGAUCCAUGUCCGAGUUAGAUUGGUUCAAAGUAAUGAGCAGUAAAAGAGCAGACAACAAAAGGUGGUGAAAGACAAAUAAGUGUGAAUUAAAACAGCAAGAUCUCACACAAUUUAUGAAAAGUAGGUGGAGCUUGUUAUCGAAGAUUUUCCAAAUUUCCUUAAGUUUACUUUUUUGAUUAAUGACUUUAUCCAUAUAAGGACUUUUGAUGAGACAAGUUAUUCCAGCAUGUUAAAUGCUAUAUAUGUGUGUUUUCUGUCCUUUUGAAUGACAGUAGAUUAAAUAUCUUUGAGGUUUGGUCAAAACAAUGUUUAGAAAUGAUAAAAAGACAUUAUUUGGGCUUUGGUGAAAACUGAUCGACAUAUUUCAUGAUGAGCCUCUGACGUUUUAUUGAUGAAACUCACGUCGCAGAUUGAUUCAUGGGGAAAUAAUUGACAGAAAAAAAUGUUAAUUGAGUGAACUAUAAAAUAAGGCAACAAAGGCAAUAAUAAUACGGUGUAGAUUGUAGAUUAUCCAGAAAAUGCACCCAAAGGUGUACAAAAUGUGAGACAUGUAAUUGUUUUGGGAGCAUCAUGUCAAUGAGCUUUGACAUGAUGAAAAGAAAACUAUCACCGUCUUCAAAUGUGUUUUUACAAAUGUAUUGGGUUUCAUCCUUUAAAAGGCAUAGUCAUGUCAAAAAAAAAAGAUUAAGUCAGAAUGUUGGGAUUGUUUCUUCCAUACAUGCAGCGUCAUUUAUCAUUUAAAGUGACAGCUGGUCGUAAACAAAAAUCUGGGCUGUCCUCCUGUUACCACACAGUGUUUGCUCUCCUCCCUUUCACACCAAUUAUGCAAUCAUCGGCUUAAAAAAACAACUUUUAAAAUGAAUCUGCUGUUCAACCUGUUGUAGCUUUAUUCUCAGCGUUUGUUAGGAGUAGGACCUUUAUAGAAGAUAUGAAGAUCGCCUCUUUCAACGUUCAGAGGUUUGGAUUGACGAAAGUCGCUGAUCCAGAUGUCCUUUCAGCUCUGAUUAAGAUUGUCUCCCAGUAUGACAUCAUACUGAUUCUGGAGGUUGUGGAUGUGAGCGGAGAUUCUGUGAAACUCUUCUUAAAAGAGCUGAACAGAGUCAACACCAGACAUCACUACGCUCUGCAGCUCAGCACCCGCCUGGGCCGGAACAGAUACAAGGAACAGUUUAUGUUUCUGUACAGGGAUGAUGUUGUUGAUCUGAUCGACUGCUAUCAGUACGAAGACAAUCAGGAGGAUGACAUGGAUGCUUUUGCAAGGGAGCCGUAUAUUCUCCACUUCAAACCCCGAAACACAGUGUUGAAGAACAUAGUGCUGAUUCCGGUGCACACCAGGGCGUGGGACUCGGAGAAAGAGCUUGACGAGCUGUACGAGGUCUUCCUCGAGGUCAAAGCCAAGUGGAAAACUGAUAACAUAAUGAUCCUGGGGGACUUCAAUGCUGAUGGAGCAUAUAUCACCUCCAAAGAAAUGAAAGACAUCCGUAUUCGCAGCGAUAAGAAUUUCCAUUGGCUGAUUGGUGAUGACGUGGACACGACUGCAAACACAUCAAACGAGCACAGCUACGACCGGAUUGUCGUGUAUGGAGAAGAUAUGCUUGCCGCCAUUGUGCCAAACUCAGCCAAACCGUUUAAUUUCCACAAAGAGUUUGCGAUGACUGAAGAAAUGGCCCUGAGAGUGAGCGACCACUACCCCGUUGAGGUAGAAUUAUGCAGCACUCCUCUUUUCUGGGUGACAAAGAGCCAGCAAAUAUGUGACACCCAGCGGGCAUCAGUGAACAGAGCUGUCACAGAUGGUUUGCAGUCUGAUGUGUUGAAACUGCAGAAGGAAAACCUCCUGAUGGAGCGAGAAAAACUUGAACUUCAGAUCUUCUUAUUAAAACAUCGGGUUGCAGUACUUCAUCUGAAACAAUAAAUAGAAGACCUCAAA